UUUACUCAAGUGUUUCCAUUAUUUGGGCAGUUACCGAUACACUAAACCUUCUAUAUGUGGUAUAAUAUUACAAUUAGAUCCAUGCGAUGGGACCUACCCACUUCCCAGUCUACCUUAUCCUGUCUGUUCUCAGAGCCCUGUGUACCUUUCCACCUGAGUGCUAAGUACAGCCUGACCAUAGGCCAGGUGUUGUGGGACGUGAGUCAGGGUGCUACCCUGUACAGCGCUGAGGCAGUGACGGAGGAGGGUCACCUUAUUAGCUGCAACACCAGUGACACCUACUGUGCCCUCUACAACAUGGCCUGUAGCCAGGUGUACAACGUCACCGUCACCGCACACAACAACAUCUGCCAAGGCAUGGCUACGUCCAAGUCUAUCAACCUCAAGACAGAGCCCUGUCCUCCCAACAACGUGGAGACAAGUYUUGACUGCGAGACUGGAACAGGCGCGAUUUCCUGGGAGAUGAGCGUUGGGGCAUUGGGAUACAUAGCAUUCUUCAACGGACGCAAUGGAGACUCUCUGUCCUGCCACACCUUGGCACACCACACUUCCUGUAGGGUAGAGGGACUGAACUGUGGCACAGUUUACUACGCACGCGUCAGAGCCCUGGGAGACACUCUUAAUAGCACCGACUCUACCACUGUUCUGCUGGCCUCAGCUCCCUGUGUCCCCGCCAGCAUGGAGGCAGAGGUUGACUGUGAUAACGCCACGGCCCUGGUGACCUGGGGCUGGAGCAAUGGAGCCCAGUCCUACAUCCUCACUGCUAUGGGCAGCGACGGGCACCAGGCCUCCUGCCACACAGAGGAGAACUACUGCAACAUGCCCGAGCUGGRCUGUGGUGAGGACUACGACCUCACCCUGACCGCCAUCAACCACAACUGCCAGGUGGAGACCCUGACUGGGGUCAGCUUCAGCACACGUCCCUGUGUCCCCCUGCAUGUGGGAGUGGACCUGCAGUGUGGGACCCACACUGCCACCUUGUCCUGGGAGCAGAGAGAAGGGCUGCAGUUCUAUGUUGCUAGCGCCACCUCCAGGGCUGGAGGAUCUACUGGGUCCUGCAACACUAGCAGCUCUAGCUGCCAGUUCCCUGCUCUGGACUGUGGGGAGACCUACAGCUUCACUGUGACCGCCCACAGCAGCCUGUGUCAGAGUGAACUCAGCAACACUGUCGAGAUCAAGACAGAACCUUGCCAGCCAGACCAGGUGACAGCUACAGGGUCAUGUGACAGUGAGACAAUGGUGGUUGUGGCGUGGGCCGAGGCCGAGGGGGCGGUGGUCUACAUGGUGACGGCCAUGGGAGACCUGGGAUACAUGACAGCGUUCCAGACCAAUGAAAGCAGCCUGGAGGCGGAGCUGCCCUGCGGACAGACCUACAGCUUCACUGUGAUUGGCCAGGACGAAAGUUGUGAUAGUCCAAUCAGUGAUGCUGCAAAGUUCAGGACUGCCCCCUGUGUGCCCCAGCAUGUGGAGAGCUACACUGUGUGUGAGAACAGCCUGGGCUCAGUGAGCUGGGCCGAGAGCGAAGGGGCGGAGUCCUACACCGCUGUCGCUGUCGGAACAGACGGCCAUACCCAUAUGUGCACCACCAACUCUACCAGCUGCACCUGGGAGGACCUGCACUGUGGAGARCUCUACACCGUCCACGUCAUCUCCAACGACUACCUGUGCAGCAGCUCCCCUAGCAACAGCACCACCGUACGCACAGCUCCCUGCGUGCCCCAGAACCUGGUGCCCACUCUGGACUGUGGCAGGAGGGUUGGCUCCCUGACCUGGGACCUGAGCCACGGUGCAGACUUCUACAUGGUGACUGCAGAGACCAACGCCGGCCACAAGGUGGAGCUGAGCACCAAUGACACCAACGCUUACAUCUCAGAGUUCCAGUGUGGUCAGGAGUACUACCUGUCUGUCCAGGCAGUGGAUUCAGAGUGCAGGAGUGCACCCUCUCCCCCUGCAACACUCAGGACAGAGCCCUGCAAUCCCACCUCCAUCUCUAGCACGAUGGACUGUCUCUCCAACAUCGCCAUGGUAACGUGGGCYGUGUCCGACGGCGGAGCCGAGUACUACACCGCCACGGUAGAACACGAGGACGGCCAAUCAAAGAGUUGCAUGUCGUCCAGCUUCCAGUGCGGCAUGCCCGACCUGCGCUGUGGCCAGAACUAUACCGUUACCGUCACCGCAUCCAACCAACAUUGUCACUCCGAKCACAGUGUCGUCAACACCCUGACCACAGUUCCCUGUGUCCCUACCCAUGUUGUGGCCGUUAUGGACUGUUCUGACAACACAGCCGCAGUGACCUGGAGCCCCACCCAGGGCGSGCUGUCCUACAGAGCCGUGGCUCAGAGCCCCCACGGCGCCAUCUCCUCCUGCGAGAGCACUGACCCACAAUGCAUCCUGGCCAACCUGAUCUGCGGAGAGCCCUACACCGUGCAGGUGGUGGCGGUGAACGAGCGCUGCUCCAGCCUGCCCAGCCACAUGGCAGAGUUCCAGACAGUCCCCUGUACCCCUGAGAUCACUGGGGUUCUCCUGGACUGCUACACAGACUCAGCUCUGCUGGAGUGGGCCUAUGCUGGGGGAACUGUGUCCUACACCGCCACGGCUCAGUCCGGGGACGGACAGACAGCCACCUGCAACACAAACCACACCAACUGUAAACUUAUGGAGCUAGCCUGUGGACAGACAUACACUGUCACCUUGAGGGCAUCUGAUGGCCAGUGUGACAGCUUCCAGAGCACCAGCGUGAAAGUGUCAUCAGUCCCCUGUCCUCCCCAGGCUGUUGUAUCGCAGCUUAACUGUUUAGCUAACUCAGCCCGUGUUGAGUGGGAGACCAGCAGUGGAGUAGACUCCUACACCGUCCAGGCUAUGAGCAUGGAGGGAGACGUGACCGGCUGCGAGACCGAUGGAAACGUCUGUUCCAUAUCGGACCUCGUCUGCGGCUCCACCUACAACAUCAGUGUCAACGCCGUAAGCAACGAGUGCAACGUAUCAGAGAGUGCCAUCAUACAGAUGCAGACAGUGCCCUGUGUACCUGAGCAGUUGGAGGCCAAUAUGGACUGUGACUCUGGCUCUGUGUCCGUAUCUUGGAAGCCUAGCAACGGUGCCACCUCCUACACAGCUGUUGCCCAGGGCAACGGUGGCUACGCAUCGUCAUGCAACAGCAGUGACACCUCUUGCCAGUUCCCUGAGCUGCUAUGUGGCCUGUCCUACAGCAUCACCGUUCAAGCCUCUGACGAUGUGUGUAACAGCGCAGACAGCAGCGCCGUACAACUCAACACAUUACUCUGUGAGCCCCAGAAUGUCAGUGCUCAGAUGGAGUGCGGAAMCAACGCUGGACUGGUGUCAUGGGAACAGGGGGAGCUUGUGUCUUCCUACCUGGUGCGUGCYGUCAGCCCCYACGGACACCMGACCCAGUGUGACAGCAACGCCACCAGCUGCAGACUACCCAACAUGCACUGUGGCCAACAGUACAACCUAACCGUCACAGCCCAGGACGGGAGUUGUGACAACAGCAAUGCAUACCUGACCCUGCAGUCUGUCCCCUGUAACCCCACCAACGUGCAGGCAUCCCUCCAGUGCCUCUCUAACUCUGCAGCGGUGACAUGGGAGCGGGCCAGCGGCGCGGUGUUGUACCAGGCUGUUGGCACAACAGAUGGAGGUCACCAGGCGAUGUGUAACAACAGUCAGACACACUGUGAUCUGAGCGGACUGCAGUGUGGACAGACCUACAACGUCACUGUGGUCUCCGAAGACGACACCUGCAGCAGCGUAGACAGCGACAKGGCACAAGUCAGGACAGCUCCCUGUCCUUCCCAGGACGUGGCUGUGGAUGUACAGUGUGCCGCCGGCUCCAUGAUGGUCACAUGGUCCGCCAACCCUAACGCCGAAUCCUURCAUGUGACGGCUGUGACCAGCGGCUCCGCCGACCUGUCAUGUGACUCCAGGGGUCAUCCAAUAAAAACCGGGUGUUCCAUUGAGAACCUUCCAUGUGGACACCUCUACAGCGUCACGGUUACCUCCAUCAGAGGUGGCUGUAAGAGCAAAGUCAGUGGUGCCGUAGCGGUGUCCUCAGGUCCUUGCUCCCUGAAAACCAUCACUGCGGUGAACACAUGCAAUAGCAGCAGUAUCGUGGUUAGCUGGGAGCAUACAGAGUAUUCUCCUACCAUCGUGGCGACGGCAGAGGGACAAGACCAAUCCAUGUUCACCUUGUACAGCACGUCCACUUCCUGUGAGCUCAUGGGAGUGCGCUGCGGCAUGCACUACACCAUCAUCGUCUCCGUCCCCUCCGACACUCCCUGUGUUCCUGAGGAUGUGACAGUGGUAGCGUCCUGCAAGGCAGAAGGUACAGUGGUGUCCUGGGCUCACUCCUUGGUGGCCCAGUCCUACCUCCUCACCGCCACCAGCCGAGGCGGUGACGUCCGCACCUGUAACAGCUCUAUGAACAAAUGUACCCUGGAUAAGCUCCACUGUGGUCAGCCCUACACAUUCAGCGUGACCGCCAGCGCCAGCACCUGCACCAGCCAGGCCAGCCCCAACGUCACCUUCAACACAGCGCCCUGUGACCCCAUUGGCUUGUCCGUUCAUGUCCAGUGUGAGACUAGCUCGGGCGUGCUGUCCUGGUCCCCCAGCCAGGGCUCUGUGGGGUACUACGGCUUUGCCCAGUCUGAGGAUGGGGACAUGCUGUACUGUGACAGCAUGGACACCUCCUGCACAAUCCAGGGUCUUGACUGUGGAGCCAUGUACAACUUCUCUGUGCUGGCCUCUGAUGGAGCCUGCAACAGCUCGUACAGCCAACCCCUGCUUGAGGGAGCAGCCCCCUGUGCCCCUGCCACCGUGCGGAACCGCAUGCAACUGAUCGGCAAGACCCACUUUGCCCGUACCUCCUGGAGUGCGGUCGUCUGCCCCAAUGUAGAGUACCUGGUUGAGAUGACCGGCAGUAUCCUGGAGGACCCGCAAGCCAUGUUCGAUGUCUCGUCCUAUUGGAUUAAGUACACCUUCUUUGAGUUGGCCCUGCCCUGUGGCUCCUCCUACAGUCUGACAGUCCGUACCAGGAACUCUGCCGGAACCAGCAAGCCCUCCACCCCUGUUACCGGGACAACAGCUCCCUGCGCACCUCUGGCCGUGAACUACACGGGUGACAACACGCCUGCCAUGCUGUCCUGGGAGGCUGCAGUGUUCGCCACACGGUACACCGUCUACGACGUGACCGGAGACGGCCGCACGCAGGUGUGUUCCACCACGGAACUGUCCUGUCAGCUUAACAACGUCCAGCCAGGCGCCAUCGAGGUUACCGCUAGCAACGCUGUGGGAGAGAGCGUCCCCACCAAAGACAUCAACGGGCRAUCAAAUCGCCACAGAAGAGAUCUGGGGAUGGCAAAGCCUGCCAUGUUUGCUGACUUCCGCAUCAGAGAGGAGCUGACCGAACCCAAGGUGCUAGUUGCUACGGUAACAGGUGUUUCCCUGCACAUGGAGUGGGCACCGGUGAGGGACGCCACCCUSUACACCAUUAUCAUCGUCCAAGAAGACACACCAUCCAGACGCCAGGUGCUGACCGUCUCUGAAGAGCUGACCAAUGUGAARGACCUCGAGCCCUCCACAAGAUAUUGCAUCUUCGUCUCGGCCAAGAACGAAUACACCCAGAGCAACUACUCCAAGGAGUGUGUCACUACUGGAGUCCCCAUGUGAUUGGCUUGACUUUCACCCCAACCAAAUGGACAUUACGGUUACCCCGGCAACCACCAAUCGAUGUAGUGUAAAGAGAAUCAGUGACUGCUUCCUGUCUCUAGAAGUAAACACCCAAGGCAGAAGAGAGGCUUUUCAACAGACUGAGGGACAGGGAGGGGGUUACUGUUGUUAAGCUUAAAUUACUAUCACAAAAMGCAGUCUUUAUCGCAUAGAUGAUCCUACUAAAGCAAUGUUAUUUUCAAUUAACUUGAAAGCUGAAAUGUGGUAUUUUUUGUUAUUUUAUACAUUGAAAAUACUUUUUAGAGCUAGGUAUCAUUUUCUUGUUUUUUGUAGUCGGUAAGAUAGCAGCAUGUGUCUUUAUAWUGUGUAGUUCUUUGAAAAAAGUAUGCCUAAAAAUGUAUUUUUAUUUAUCUUAAAAUUGUUAUAUUUUUGAGACCUACACGAACAACACUUUUCUGUCCACUAAAUGUAUUUUAGAUUCUUCUGCUGGUUGUAUACAUGAUUUGAAACAAAGAAAAAGUAGAUCAAGAGAGCAAAUAAAUGCUAUCAAGCAAGUAGUAAUUUA